AUGCCUUGUCCUCCUGGAGAGCAGCCCAAGUGCCAUUCUGGGAAGAAUGAGACAAGAAGCAUUAGGUUGUCCUCCUCUCAGCACAUUUCAUGGCUACGGGGAACAGCUGCCUUUUUUUUCUGGAGCCUUAGAAGGUGCGGCAUCCAGAACAAGGACCUCAGCAGCCAGGAUGAAAUGGAAAUAGAGGCCUCCGAGUGCAGGAUGCAUCCCCACUCUAAGCUCUGUUCUCACUUUUGGCCAAUUCUUUGCCCCAAUUCUUGGAGCUCAGAUGAAAACAGCAGUGGAAGUGACUUGCCCCCCUCUCAGUGCAAGGGCUCAAGCAAGUGCAGGGAAAUGGAUACACAGCCUUCCAUAGAUAGCUGUCUAACCUCUCUGCACAAAACACUCUCUCUGUCAGCAGCUUCUACAGACAAACAGAAGAACCCUUCCGUGGGACAUGAGGAGCAUAGCUGUGAGUAUGGGUCAUUGUCGUAUCUGCUGCUGUGUUCCUUGGGUGGUCUCCUGAGUUGUGGUGUAACACACACGGCUGUGGUGCCACUGGAUGUGGUGAAGUGCCGCAUGCAGGUGGAACCUAAACGCUAUCGGGGACUUGUGCAAGGCCUUACUCUCACAGUGCAAGAGGAGGGGACUCGUGGUCUGGUCAAAGGAUGGGCUCCAACAGCCAUAGGCUAUUCCAUGCAAGGACUUGGCAAGUUUGGUCUCUAUGAAUUCUUCAAGAUACAUUACUCUGACCUGCUGGGUCCAGAACAAGCUUAUUUGUGGCGGACCAGCAUCUACCUUGCUGCUUCAGCCAGUGCUGAGUUCUUUGCUGACAUUGCUUUGGCCCCAAUGGAAGCAGUAAAGGUACGAAUUCAGACCCAAGAGGGCUAUGCCAACACGCUGAGGGAAGCAGCUCCCAAAAUGUACAUUGAAGAAGGACUAUGGGCUUUCUAUAAGGGUGUGGCUCCACUCUGGAUGCGCCAGAUCCCCUAUACUAUGAUGAAGUUUUCCUGCUUUGAACGAACUGUAGAAGCUCUCUAUAAAUACGUCGUACCAAAGCCACGGGAUAAGUGCAGCAAGAUGGAACAACUUGGAGUUACUUUUGUUGGUGGAUAUAUUGCUGGCAUCUUCUGUGCUGUAGUCUCGCACCCAGCUGAUUCUGUGGUGUCUGUGCUGAACAAAGAAAAGGGAAGCACUGCCAUAGAUGUCCUCAGGAGGUUGGGCAUAUAUGGCAUCUGGAAAGGCCUCUUCACCCGCAUCCUGAUGAUUGGCACCCUCACUGCACUGCAGUGGUUCAUCUAUGACUCAGUUAAGGUUUAUCUCAAGCUGCCUCGGCCCCCACCACCUGAGAUGCCUGCCUCUUUGAAGAAGAAACUCUAA